AUGGGUCGUCCGGACACGAUCCUCGGCAAAUUCGAAGCUCUCGCCAGCCACCUCAGUCAGCCCCUCAAGACCGCCAUGGACGAGCUGCAGAAUAUCCACUGGCCGCGAAAGACGGCAUUGGUUGCAGUCAUAGGCCUGCUUGUCGGCCUUGUCGCGCUCCGGCGGCGAUACUUGACCCCCAUCAGCCAUGUUCCGGGCCCGUUCUGGGCCUCCAUCACACGGCUUUGGCAUGUGUCCAAGAUCAUUGGUGGCAAGCAGAACUACACGCUCCUCGAGCUGCACGAGAAGCAUGGCCACUUUGUGCGUGUUGCGCAUAACGAGGUCAGCGUCUGCCAUCCGGAUGCGGUGAAGGCGCUAUACCUGGCGCCGACGAGGAAGGGCAAGUGGUACAGAAUCUUUGUCUUUCCGGACUGGCGGUACCCUGCUGCCAUCUCCAUCCUCGAUCCCAGGGAGAAGGCCGAGUUUAUGAAAUACAUGUCCAACGCCGGCUUCCUUCUUCACAAUGUCCUGCAGUAUGAGGGCACCAUUGACGAGAACAUUGCCAAGCUCAAGCGAUGGAUGGACAGACACGCGGUAGAAGGCCGCCAGAUGGACCUGGACAAGUUCUUCACGUACAUGGCGUUUGACAUAACCGGGGAGAUCACCUUCUCGAAGCCCUUUGGCUUCCUCGACGAGGGCAAGGACGUCGGCGGCGCCAUCGCGACCAACGUCGCCCUCCAGAUCUUCCUGUGCACCUUUGGCUUCUACCGCUGGGCGUCUUGGGCGCUGUGCAACCCGCUCGUGACCUGGACCCAGCUCGCGCCCGUGGGCCACAUUGUCAACACGUCGAUGCGGGCCAUUGCCGAGCGCCAGAAGAACCCGGACGCCAAGUUCGACAUGUGCAGCCACUGGUUCCGCGGCAUCCAGAAGGCCAAGAAGGAAGGGUUCGGCAACUUUGACGAGAGGCAUCUCCUCUCUGCCGCGGUGUCGAACCUCGGUGCCGGGUCCGACACGGUGUCCUGCGGCUUACAGACGUUUGUGUACCAAUCUCUUCGCAAGCCCGCGGUCUGGCAGCGCGUCCGCGACGAGAUUGACGCCGCGCGCAAGCAGGGCCGCUGCGAGGGCGAGGUCGUCAGCUGGGAAGACGUGCAGCAGCUGCCAUACCUGGACGCGGCCUGCAAGGAGGCGCUGCGCCUGCUCGCCCCCGUGUCGAUCGGCAAGGAUGGUGUCACCAUCGCCGGCCAGCACUUCCCCGAGGGCACGCAGAUGUCAAUCAACCCUGGUGUCAUCCAAUUGUCCAAGGAGAUCUGGGGCCCCGACGCCCAAGAGUUUGUCCCCGAGCGGUGGUUCAGCCCGGAUAUCGAGAGACAGUCAAAGUGUUUCAUGCCUUGGGGACUAGGCUGGGGCUCUUGCCCAGGACAGAACCUGGCCAAAGUGCAGAUCUACAAGACCAUUGCGACUAUUGUCCGAGACUACGACAUCAAGCUAGUCGACCCGAGCAAGGAGUGGAAAUGGGCCGCAUACUUCACGCUGAACCCGCGCGACUGGCCCGUCUACGUGACCCAGCGCAAAUACUAAGGACCUCUCAUUGGUCUGGGAUGGGUCAAUCGAAGGGUAGAACCAAUUCUUUUAGCUAGCAAUGGGGUCCCAGGAACACGCCAGCGAGAUGUGCC